AUGGUGGCUUGGUGCGAAGUGAUGCGUGUGGGAGAGGCAGUUGACAAAGUGAUGGGGGUGGUUGAGAGAGAAGAAGCUGACCACCUGAGGGGUGGCAUCAAAGGAGGCAACAGAGGCGCAUCGACAGUAACGGAAGGCGGAGACUCGGUGGUGAGCGACGUGGCUGUCGGCACGUCGUCGGUGCGGCUGUCUGGGGCGCUGGAGCAGCGACUGCUGGUGUUCGCGCUGGACGCCGACUGCCUGGGGGCGGUGGUGCAGCGCCGGGACGCCGCGGGGGCCGUGGCGGCGUUGCUGGCGGCGACGCGAGAGGCCUCCAGGCGGGCGGUCCGGCGCCUUCUUGUGCUGCCGGUGGCUCGGUGGGCGCCCGUCGACACAACCGCACUCUUCGCUCUGGAGGACAUCAAACUAGCACCAGACAUCGUAGUGGCUAGGCUCGUGGAAGAGAGCGAUAGGUUCGACCUGAUUUCCGUGCGCUUCACGGGUCGGUUGACGUGGAGGGACGAGGUGGUGCUCGGAAGCUGGGAGCGGGGUCGCGGCCUGCUGCCGCCGUCUGCAGACCUCUUCCCAGACAAAUUGUCCGACCUGCAGGGCCGCGAGUUCGUCUUCGGCACCUUCCACUACCCGCCCUAUGUCGUGCUGGACGAAAAGGACCCAACUUUCCAGGACGGCCUCGAGGCCCGAAUGAUAUUGGAGUUCCUCAAGAAGGUGAACGCGACCUGCCGCCUCACGCUGGAGACGGAAGACAAGUGGGGCCAGAUCUGGGACAACGGGUCCGGGAACGGCUUGAUGGGCGCCGUGGUGCGCGAUCUGGUGGACGCGAGCUACUCGUCGCUGGGCUACUGGUACUACGAGCAUAUCUGGCUGGACUAUUCGCGCUCCUACUACCGCACCGGCAUCACGUGCCUGGCUCCCAGGCCGCGCCCCUUACCCGGCUGGCAGGUGCCGCUGCUGCCCUUCUCUGCGUACCUGUGGGCCGCCGUCGGGGUCUCCGUGCUCGUGGCCACCGCCGCCCUCUUCAUCGCCAAGACCAGCUCCACCAGGCUGCUCGGUGAGGAAAAUGACACAGUGUUGGCCGGCGGGCGAUACUCCACAGUGGAGGACUGCUUCUUCCGGUCUUUGGGCCUGCUGGUGCUGCAGACGCCGGACGUGGAGCGGCGCCACACACGUGUCGUGGGCCCCACGCGCCACGUGCUGUCCUGGCUGCUGAUCGCCUACCUGCUCGUCACCGCCAGCUACGGCAGCGGACUCUCCUCCGUGCUCACCAUUCCCAGGUACGAACCCCCCAUCAACACGGUGCGGGACCUGCGCGACAGCGGACUGAACUGGGCUGCGACGCACAUAGCGUGGCUGAAUCCUCUGAGAGGCACCGACGAGCAGGUGAUCAUAGACCUGUGCGAGCGGUUCAGAGCGCUCAAGGAGGAAGACAUGAAGGCCCGCUCUUCCACCCGCGACCUGGCGCUCGGCAUAGAACGGCUGCCGGCAGGUUACUUUGCUGUUGGCGACUACAUAGAAGAAGAAGCCGCCAGCAAGUGGCUGCGGCCGAUGCGAGAGGACAUCUAUUGGGAGAUGAAUAACAUUAUGGUGCGCAAGGGCUGGCCGCACCUUCAGCAUCUGGACGACCUCAUCGACCGGCUAAUCGACUCUGGCCUCAUACUGGCCUGGGAGGGUCAGGUGACGCGACGAUGGCUGGCACCCCGAGUGCAGCUCGCGGUCCAAACGGCGUUCCGGCUGCCCUCGGCGGGGGCGGAGCCGGUCAAGCUGGGGCUGUCGCACGUGCAGGGCGAGUUCGCGCUGCUCGCCCUGGGCCUCUGCCUGUCGCUGCUCGCCCUCCUGGCCGAACUCGCCAUCCACAGGUUCCUCAGCGGCGGGGACGCCGCUCUGCCCUUCAACGUCAACUUUCUAGCGGAGCCACCUCGGAAGGAAAUGGCGAUCACGAGGGUCUGUGGCCCGCAACUGAGAAAGGCCAAACGGUCUGGCCCUGUGGUUGGAGGUCUGAGAAUGGCGGGCCGGAAGCGUCGUUCAUAA